UUGAGAAAGCUCGAGACUGUUGAUAUAUUUUCCAAUGGUAUGAAUAACAGCAUCUUACCCUUCUUCAGUACCGCUACAUCACUCAAGACUUUGAUUCUCCGUUAUUGUAAUUUGGAGGGCCGCUUUCCAACAAAAGAACUGAAUAAUUUGAGAAAUUUGGAAAUACUUGAUCUGAGUAACAACUAUUUGAAUGGCUCUCUUCCAGAGAAAGAGAUAGCCAAUCUGCAUAAGCUCAAAGCUCUGGAUCUAAGUGAUAAUAAGUUUUCUGGCUCACUAGAUGCUAGUGGAAUUUGCGAGCUGAAAAACUUGCAUGAGCUGGACCUGAGUAGCAACAAACUCGUUGGUUCUAUCCUUCCGUGCAUUGGUGGCUUGUCUAAACUUCUAGUUCUUGAUCUCUCAAAAAAUCAACUAAACGGGAGCCUACCAUCUGUCAUCAGCAACCUCAAAUCCCUCGAGUACUUGUCACUGUAUGGAAAUAGCUUUGAAAGCUUGUUCUCUUUAAGCCCACUAGCCAACCUCUCCAAAAUCAAGGUCUUCAGACUUUCAUCAAGAUCUAAGUUGCUACAAGUAGAGAUCAGACAAGAUAUGUGGCGGCCAAAGUUUCAGUUGAAUGUCGUUGAGCUAACAUAUUGCAACUUGGGAGAGAUCCCUAGCUUUCUAAAAUAUCAGAGAGGUUUAUGCAAAAUUGAUCUGUCUAACAAUAACCUGACUGGAGUGUUUCCUACUUGGAUUCUGGAGAACAAUCCAGAACUUGAGAGUCUACACAUAAAGAAUAAUGCACUCUCCAUGUUCCAGCUGCCAAGACUGGUGCAUAAUGUUAGUGUCCUGAGUGUUGGGGCUAAUCAUUUUAUCGGCCCGCUUCCCGAGAACAUUAGACAUAUACUUCCGAACCUAAGAAUGCUAAAUAUCUCUAGUAGCGGGUUCAAAGGGAACUUGCCCUCUUCUCUAGGUGAGAUGAAACGCAUAAAGUACAUGGAUAUGUCCUACAACAACUUCUCUGGGAACCUUCCACAAAACUUCACCAUGGGUUGUCUGAUAAGUAUAAGAAGGCUUAUGUGAGACAGAGGAGGAAGAAAGAUAGAAGCGAAGCAGAGGAGACAGAGGGAAGUUUAAAUGUGGAGGGAAAUACCGUUAUGGCUGACGUGGAGGGCGAGUCAGCGGAGAAGGUUGACUAGUGAAAGUAAAGACACUGGAGGAGUCAGAGUCUUUACUUUAUCUCAUGAGUAUAAGUACAAACGAUAUUUUACAUUUCUGGGGAUGCUUGAUUUGGUUAUUAAUCUGUUUGACGUUGUGAGUCAAAGGACGAUCAUUGUGAGAUCGUAGAACUUCUGUAAUCAAGUACUUCAUAUUCGUAUUACAAAGAGGGAUUUAUCGAGAGAGAGAGAGAGAGUUACAAGAGUUACAUAUAUCAUAAAUCUAUCAUUGGUGCGGUGAGCGUGGAUCGAACACCCGACCUUCAGAUCGAACACCGGAUUUCGAAUCGGAGUCCUUCAUUGCUUAUGCUGCUACUCUCUCAGAAUAACUUGAGCGGUAAGUUUUUUUCAGGAGCCAACAAACUUGACUAGUCUGGAGGUGCUGAGAAUGGACAACAACAAGUUAACAGGGAAGAUUGGAGAUGGCUUGCUAAACUCAAGUAAGCUGCAUAUACUUGACCUGACGAACAACCACCUCACAGGUGCACUUCCUAGUUGGUUAUCCAAGUUUCCUAUCAUCGGUCUGUAUCUCGCAAACAAUGGCUUUCAUGGUAACAUCCCAGCCUCAAUGUUUAAUCAGAGUGUGAUGGACUUCAUGGACCUAUCUGGGAAUAAGUUGUCUGGAAGUUUACCUCCACGCUUCAUUUCUAAAUAUAAGAUGAAUCUAUACCUGCAAGAUAAUGAUCUUACCGGACCUAUACCAGACACCUUGCUUGAAAGUAUCCGGAUACUUGACUUGAGAUACAACAGACUGUCUGGGAGUAUCCCUCGCUUCCUGCACAACCAAAACAUCAGCGUUCUUUUGCUGAGAGGAAAUAAUCUGACAGGUGAGA